AUGACGGGAGUGUUUCUUUUGUUUGUGUUCACGCCGGAGAGGAAGGUCCUGCUCUGGAUGCAACGUCGAUCGUCGACCAAGAAAAUGGAUCAGGCAGUCAGGGUGAUGAACCAUCAAGAAAGAAGAGGCGAAGCUUUCACUGGAAGCUUGAACCUUGAGCUUGAGCUUGAGCUUGGGCCAGUCCAGUAUGACGUCAGUGGGGAGUCCCCUGUCUUCUACAGUAUCCCGGGAAUGGAAGAACUGUUGAUCCGCAUGACAGAGCACUGCCUUAUCCGCUUCCCACUCCCCACUACCCAAGAUAUCCGAUAUAUCGACAACCCCUCGAGGCCGUACGAAGCUAUGGAUCAGCGAAAAGAAGAAGUCACUCGACGGCCUCUUUAUGUGUAUGGCUUACCUCCGGAUAUCCUCUCGACUCUAACACGGAGGGACGAGACUGAAGGUGGACCGCAAGACGAUGCAAAUCCCACGCAAGAUCAAUUACCAGAAUUAAGGAGGGAGACUGCUGCUGGGGCAACGUCAUGUUCUCUCUGCGGGGUAACAUUCCACACCGUGGAGGACCAGAGGAGCCACAUGAGGUCGGAUCUACAUGGCUACAACCUCAAGCAAAAGAUCCGAGGCGCGAAGCCGGUGACAGAAGAGGAGUUCGAGAAACUCGUUGGGGAUCUCGAUGAGAGCCUCUCGGGCUCUGACUCAUCCGACACCGAGGACGAAGCCGACGGACCAAAAGAGACGACAUUGACUGCGUUGUUGAAGAAGCAAGCAGCGAUAUCAUCGAAUAGCAACGAUGGCGAAGCUAAUUCUGCACCUACGAGACGGAAACGAGGCUCAGGCAAAGCACCUAUUCUCUGGUUCGCAUCGUCUACACUGCCCACCAAUACCUACCUCGGAAUCUAUCGGGCAAUAUUUACAAACGAGGAGCAGGGAAACGAAGCUAAAAUUCUUGAUAUUGUGAGGAAGAAGCAGCUGGCACCCAAGCCUGCUCUGAAAAUACCUACAAAUCCGAGUAGUGGGGUCCCGUUACCGGAAACAUACCAGGAGCCACAUAUUUUCUUAUGUAUGAUUGGAGGUGGCCACUUUGCGGCUAUGGUAGUUUCCUUGACACCGAAACAGGCCAGGUCGACACCAACCGGUCCCAUAUCAAAGGAAGCGACUGUUCUAGUCCACAAGACGUUCCAUCGAUACACUACACGCCGGAAGCAGGGAGGUGCUCAAUCGUCGAACGACAAUGCAAAAGGUGCUGCACAUUCAGCAGGUGCUGAUCUGAGACGUUACAACGAGCAAGCGCUGGUAGAAGAGGUUCGAGCAUUACUUCAGGACUGGAAGGGGAUGAUCGAUACAUCCGAGUUGAUUUUUGUGAGGGCAACGGGGAGUACUAACAGGCGAACACUUUUUGGUCCCUACGAUGGACAGGUGUUGCGACAGAAUGACCCAAGGAUACGAGGGUUUCCAUUCAGCACCCGUCGUGCCACACAAAACGAGCUCAUGCGGUCUUUUGUCGAACUUACACGGGUCAAGGUGCUAGAGGUAGACGAAGCAGCUAUAGCUGCAGCAAAACUCGCCGCAGAAGAAGCAGCGAAACAGGAAAACACAAAAGCCGCCAAGAAAGCAGUGCCUGCAGCCCCAAAAUUGUCCGAAGAAGAAGAAACAGCCCUCCUACACACAUCACAGCUGCAAGCCUUGAUCCGGCGGUCCAAAGUCCCAGCUCUGGUCUCCUACUUCAAAAACAACGAAAUAUCCCCUGAUUUUGUGUUCCAGCCUCCGGAUGUUCCCCAGAAUUUCCACGCACCGACAUCGCUGCAUCUCGCUGCGAGCCAGAACUCCGCGCCCCUCAUUACGGGACUACUCGUGAAAGCUGGGGCAGAUCCAACAGUAUCUAAUGGCGAUGGAAAGACACCCUUCGACCUAGCAGGCGAUCGCGCAACACGAGACGCGUUUCGCGUCGCUCGCUCCGAGCUGGGCGACGCAAAAUGGGAUUGGGAUUCGGCACACGUGCCGACGGCGCUGUCGCGCGCCGAUGCCGACAUGCGCGAGGCUACGGAAAAGAAAGAAGAAGCCAAGAAGGAAGAGGAGCGGCGGAAAGCCGAGGAGGCGAGACUGAAGGAGGAGGGACCGAAGGUGGGCGAUCCCGGGCCGUUGGGCAAAGCGGCGGGGAGGGGGCGGAUGCUGGCGCUGGGCCAGGUCGCGAAGACGGCGCAGGAGAGGAGGGAGGAGGAAGCGAGGGGGAUGACGCCUGAGAUGCGGAUGAGGCUUGAUAGGGAGAGGCGGGCUCGGGCAGCGGAGGAGAGGAUGAAGAAGAUGGCUGCUGGGGGUGGGGGUGGUAGCUAG